CCGACUGCGAUGUAGGAUGUGUCAACUGAGAGAAUGACGGGGGCAUGGGAAUGAUAGUCAAUGGGUCGGAGGGCUGGUGAACGAAGGAGUGCGUGUUUUAGAUCAGCUUGAGCUGCGAUCUGUUCUGGACCAAAAACAAAGGGGGCAUCUUUCCGGUGCCGAGGAACGCCCGAAUGUCCGACAAGUUAUUACAUGGUCCCCAAUUAGCAAUCUUCGCCACACGGCUUGGGUCGGGGAUGCGUCCGGCUGGGGUACAGACGUGUCCCAGGACAGUGAUCUGUUCUGCACACAAGAUGGCUUUGGGUGUUCCCAGAUGAAACGGCGUAUGCCAGCGUUCUCUUGGAUGGUUUCAUAGGAGCCAUUAGCGAGGCGAUAGCACGACUCGGGGGGACCGAAUUUGACCACCCCAUAGGCAAGGUCGUAAGCCGCUGUGCUCCAAAGGGGGUCUGGAACGUGAGAUCCAGGAUACCGCCGCAGGCGCGGCCUGCGAACUGCUCGGCCAGCUGAUCUGUCAAUGGGGGCACGCCGGAGUGCUGAAUGGUAACGGCGUUGAGCGGCUCGAGGCUGUGGACAAGGCGCAAGCUGGUGCCAUCUUUCUUGACGACACAGAACCAACGGGAGCGAUAUGAGGAGUUUGAAGAUACCAGGUUUGAAGAAGUCCGAUCGGAAUUUUCCUCGUUCGAGGUCGGUCCAGGCGAAGCCAUCCUGAUGUAUCGACAUGAAAUGGUGCAUCAAGCGACGCUCCUCUGGCCAUAGAAAUCCCUUGGGAUGAAGGGAGUCAAUGAUGUCGCGUCGUUCAGUGGUGUAACGACCAAUGGGAAGGAACGGGGGAGGAAUCGGGGCAAGAGUUGGAAGGGUGUCAAG